CUCCCUCAGUAGCACAACUUUGCUCUCGCCCUCUGAAACAGACGGAGCUUUAGCUUGUAAGAGAGAGGAAAGCCAGCAUGUACAGAGUUUCUAACCACAACCAAAUGGAUUAUAACUUGGACAACAUGGAGCCCAAACACGGGAAAAUGCUGCCUUGCCAAGAGGACCGUUUUGACAGUGGUGUGGAUUCGCUUAAGGAAGACGAACUGGUAAACGACUUCGAGGAGCUAAGAGUGGCGAGCGUGGAUCACUCGCAGGAAUACGAGCCUUGGAGAAUUGCGGUGACCGAAGACGGUGACACGCUGCUCCAUUUGGCCGUCAUUCACGAAGCCACUGAACAUGCCCUCCAGAUGAUCAAACUGUCUCACAAUCACCCGUUCCUCAAUGUGCAGAACCACCAGAGACAGACUGCCCUCCACCUGGCAGUGAUCACAGAGCAGCCCCGCUUGUUGGAAGGACUCCUGAAGGCCGGCGCUGACCCGCUGCUGGCCGACGACAGCGGAAACACAGCCCUCCACAUCGCCUGUAAAAAGGGCUCCCUGGCCUCCUUUGGCGUCAUCACCCAGAACUGCCAACGUCACCUCACCUCCAUUGUGUCUUUCCCCAACUACAGUGGACAUAACUGUCUCCACUUGGCAUCCAUCAACGGCUACAUUUCUCUGGUGGAAAGCCUCAUUCGGCUUGGUGCAGACAUCAAUGCACAGGAACAGUGCAGUGGACGGACGGCGCUCCACCUGGCCGUUGACCUCCAGAACCCCACGCUAGUCUGUCGCCUCCUCGACCUCGGCGCAGACGUCAACUGCCUGAACUACGGCGGCUUCACACCGUACCACCUCACCUACGGGCGGCAGAACGAGGAGAUCCGCUGCCAGCUGUACGAGAGAACGGCACAGGAGCUCAGGGAGCUGCCUGAAAGCGAAUCGGACGACAGCGACAUGGAGGAUCUGGACCUGUUGGAAGACGAGCUCUAUGAUGACAUAAAGUUUGGAAAGUAACAAGAACAGCCUGUCCACUGGUGAUGUAAAGCUGCUACUGGGUUAGUCGAAACCACGGCUCCCAAACGGGGGGACAGCUCAACCCACGUCCCCCCCUCUCCACCCUCCGUACCCUCUACCGUCCAAGUCUAGAGGUGCUGGUCCUGGGAUCACGAAUGAGUAUGAAGGUGGCGCCCAGUCUGGUCGAGAUCGCUGAACGAUCCGUACCAAAAAAAUCCCACACCAAAGCAAGACCAUGACUUCUGUAUGGUCCUGAUGUUACUGUAAUAACUGUACAAAAUAAUGUGUAUAUACCAGAACAGACGUGUGUAAUAUAUUGUAAAUACAGAGACUAUUUUUGUACUUGUACAUGUGUGUGAAUUUCAAACACUAUAUAAAGAAAAAUAAAAGAGGAGUUUAUGAACAUGA